ACUACGUGCUACCCUCACGUCCUUUUCUCCUUCAUUGUGGUAGAGAUCUGGUCUUUGCCUGAACUGGAGACGAGAUUCAAACCAGGAGCUGAAAUUUUCUUUUGCAGAAUCAUCGACCCCUGUUCGUACCCAGUCUUUCCCAGAAGACACGCGGAUAGAAUCUGUGAUACGAGAUCAUAUCAUCAAUGGCCUUGUGCAGCUUGGACUCCUCGCACAACCGUGCUCACAACGCAAGGGUUCUGCGGAGUUUGGUGGAAGGAGACAGAGUGGAGUUCAAGAGAACCUUUUAUUCUCACUGGGGUGUGUAUAUCGGUGAUGAGAAUGUAGUGCAUCUCUCUGAAGACGACGAUGACGGUCUCGACGCGAAUAUUCAGCCUCGGUAUCCCGUCAGUGCCGGCGGAGUACAAUAUGAGAAGGCCAAGGUGUGCAUUGAAAACUUUUGGGAAAUUGUUGGAAGCGGAAAAGCUUUCAAAAAUAAUGAAAGUGACUCGCAACACAGCCCUUUUCCAGAACACGUGAUUGUCCAAAGAGCCCUUAGAAAAAUUGGAGACAUAAGCUACAAUGCUUUGUUCGCAAAUAGUGAGCAUUUCGUCAAUAACUGUCGUUACGGCAUUGCACAAAGUGACCAGGCGAAUACAGCAUUGGGCAUUGGUGCUGUUGGCGCUGGAAUUGGGUUAGGGAUCUACGCACUCACCCAGCUCUUCAAAAACAAGGACGAUGACAAGGAAAAGAAACAAGAUUUUUGAAAGAAAGUCUUACAGUGUGAUUUACGACUUGAAACAUAACUUCUUCUUAUUUUACCAUUGCCCCAGCUAAUUAGCUUUUGAAAUAUAUUAACUUUCAACUUUCACUCCUAGUCCUAGGCCUAUAACUGUUAUCCAAAGAGGACUUGGUGUCCUAAUUCGCUAAUUCAGUGACAUGUAUGUUAUAUGUAUUCAAUGCCAAAAAAAAAAGCAGCAGUAUAAAUUAAGGGAAGUAAAGGAAUAUUUGAAGAUCGACAGUGUCUUUGAACUCGUUUCUAUGUAAAUGUUACGGAUUUUAAACCUCUAAUGUUACGGAUAUUAAACCUUUUUAGAUAGCAUCCCUCGUCUGAUUUGGUGGGCAAGGGGAGGGGAGAGAUAUACUUUGCAGAAAGAUAUUUUUUUUAAAGCAUUG